GGAGCCUUGGACUCUUUGUAAACAUGGCGAGCAUUGCAGAUGUCGGCUGGAAGCUCUUGGAAUUCAAAGCCCGAUCAAAACGAUCAGAUUUGUGAUUUAGCUGACAGAGACGAUUGGCCUUAAUUUCACCUUUUGAGAAUGGCCGCUUCAGUGGCCACGAGUGCCCAGCCUCAUCGGAAAGUGCACAGAGUUGGUUCCAUCUAUGAACCUCUCAAACUGUCAAAUCUCCAGCGUGAUGAUGAGCCCUUGUGGGAGAAGCUGGAUCGCUAUUACAAUGCCGUCAAGACGACCAUUCUGAACUACCAGAGUCCCACCACCGGGCUUUUUCCGGUCAAAACGUGCUCCACCUGCAAGGAGGCCAAGGUCCGGGACUCCCUGUACUGUGCUGCCAGUGCCUGGGCGCUGUCGAUGGCUUACCGACGCAUCGACGACGAUAUGGGGCGAACCCAUGAAUUGGAGCAUUCGGCCGUCAAGUGCAUGAGAGGGAUCCUGUACUGCUAUAUGAGGCAGGCUGAUAAGGUGGAGCAGUUCAAACAGGAUCCCAGCCCCUCCAAGUGUCUCCACUCAGUGUUCCACGUGGUCACCGGUGACGAGGUGCACUCCUACAGCGACUAUCACCACCUGCAGAUCGAUGCCGUAUCGCUGUUUCUGCUGUACCUGGUGGAGAUGAUCUGCUCUGGUCUGCAAAUCAUUUUCAACACCGAUGAGGUCUCCUUCAUCCAGAACCUGGUGUUCUGUGUGGAAAGAGCCUACAGGGUGCCGGACUACGGCAUGUGGGAGAGAGGCAGCAAAUACAACAACGGCAGCACGGAGCUGCAUUCCAGCUCCGUGGGCUUGGCUAAAGCAGCUCUGGAGGCUAUCAAUGGAUUCAACCUGUUCGGAAACCAGGGCUGCUCGUGGUCGGUGAUUUUUGUGGAUCUGGACGCCCACAACAGGAACCGGCAGACCCUCUCCUCCUUACUGCCCCGAGAGUCCCGCUCACACAACACAGAUGCGGCCUUGCUGCCAACCAUCAGCUACCCGGCCUUUGCAGUAGAUGACGAUGCCCUCUACAGUCAGACACUGGACAAGAUUGUUCGCAAACUGCGGGGAAAAUACGGCUUCAAGCGUUUCCUCCGCGAUGGCUACCGCACCGCCAACGAAGACAAGAACCGCCGCUUCUACAAACCUGCUGAGAUGAAGCUCUUUGAUGGGAUAGAGUGUGAGUUUCCCAUAUUCUUCAUCUACAUGAUGAUUGACGGGGUAUUCAGAGGAAAUAGUGCUCAGGUCAAAGAAUACCAAGACCUCCUUCAACCCAUCAUCUUCCAGUCUUAUGAGGGCCAUGCUGUGAUCCCCAAAUAUUACUAUGUACCGGCUGACUUCGUGGAGGCAGAGCAGAACAAGCAUGGAAGCCAGAAGCGUUUCCCUAGCAACUCUGGCCGUGAUGGGAUGGUCUUCCUGUGUGGUCAGGCCCUCUACAACAUCGCCAAGCUGCUGGUGGAUGAGCUGAUCAGCCCUAAAGAUAUUGACCCCAUCCACCGCUACGUCCCCCGUCAGGACCAGCGCAACGUCACCAUGCGAUACUCCAACCAGGGUCCCAUAGAGAACGAUGUGGUGAUUCACGUGGCCCUGAUAGCAGAGAGCCAGAGACUUCAGGUGUUUCUGAAUACCUACGGCAUUCAGACCCAGACGCCCCAGCAGGUGGAGCCCAUCCAGAUCUGGCCUCAGAAGGAACUGGUGAAGGCCUACCGUUUCCUCGCCGUGAACAAGAAGCUGGGGCUGAGUGGCCGUCCAGAGAGGCCCGUGGGCUGCAUCGGGACCUGCAAGAUUUAUCGGAUCCUUGGCAAGACGGUGGUGUGCUACCCAAUCGUGUUUGAUCUGAGUGACUUUUACUUGUCCCAGGAUGUUAUGCUGCUGAUUGAUGACAUUAAGAACGCCCUGCAGUUCAUCAAACAGUGCUGGAAGAUGCAGGGACGUCCACUCUUUCUGGUUCUCAUCCGGGAGGAUAACAUCAAGGGGAGCCGCUUCAACCCGGUCCUUGACAUGCUGGCCUCGUUCAAGAAGGGCAACAUCGGAGGGGUCAAAGUUCACGUUGACAGACUCCAGACUCUGAUAUCUGGAGCCGUGGUGGAGCAGUUGGACUUCCUGCGGGUCAAUGAGGCAGAGAUCCCAGAGUUUAAGAGCUUUGAAGAGCUGGAGCUGCCGAAGCACUCCAAGGUGAAGAGACAGAUGAGCACACCCAACGUCUCCGAUCUGGAGCAGCAGCCAGAGAUCAACGUGGACGAGUGGCUGCUGAAGCCCACCCACGAGGUCAUCCACAAGUUCCACGACUGCAACUGCUUGGCCAGUCAGGCUCAACUUGCAGUCAUCCUUCUGAGGAGAGAAGGACCAGACUUCCUCGCUAAAGAUGAGAACCUGAUGGAUGAACUGGAGAGAAUUUACAGAAGAGCUGGCAGCAGAAAGCUUUGGUCUGUUGUGCGUCUUGCUGCCAGUCUCUUAACUAAGCUAGUGGACAGCCUUGCCCCCAGUAUUACUAGUGUUUUAGUGCAUGGCAAGCAGGUUACCCUCGGCUUAUUCGGGCAAGAGGAAGAGGUGAUCUCCAACCCACUGUCGCCCGGGGUGAUCCAGGGCAUCAUCUACAGCAGGUGCGCCCCUCGAGGUGGAGAGCGGGAGGCCGUGCUUCAGCAGGAGUUGGUCAUUCACAUCGGAUGGAUUAUCUCCAACAACCCAGAGCUGUUCAGUGGCAUGCUCAAGAUCAGAGUCGGAUGGAUUGUCCAGGCCAUGAAACAUGAGCUGAAGAUCAGGGCAGGAGACAUGGCGGCCCAGGACAUCUACCAGCUCUCCCCCAGCGAUAUCAAGCAGCUCCUGCUGGACGUCCUGCAGCCACAAAACACCGGCAGGUCUUGGCUGAACAAGCGUCAGAUAGACGGCUCUCUGAACAGGACCCCGCUGGGCUUUUACGAUCGUGUGUGGCAGAUCCUGGAGAGGACCCCCAACGGCUUUAUGGUGGCUGGAACUCACCUCCCACAGCAACCGACCCUGUCUGACAUGACCAUGUAUGAGAUGAACUUCUCCCUGCUGGUGGAGGACACGCUGAAGAACAUCGUCCUGCCUGAGUACAGACAAAUCAUAGUAGAGUUGCUGAUGGUGGUGUCCGUCGUGUUGGAGAGAAACCCAGAGCUGGAGUUCGGUGACGAGUUGGAUCUGGACAGCCUGAUGAAAGAAGCCUACAAGGAUUUCCAGAAGGAUCGUGGAAGCUUGGAAGGCACAGAGAAACAGAAUGACAUGGAGGCCUUUUACAACACACCAGCGGUGGGAAAGAGAGGCACCUCCAGCUACCUGACUAAGGCCGUUAUGAUCCUGUUGCUGCAAGGGGAUUUCAAGCCCUGCAAGGACGACCCGUGCUCUGUGAGCUAGAUCCACCGUGCUUUGACUCCCGAGCACCGACCUGCUGGGGUGCAGUCAUCAAACGGUGUGGGAGUAGCCAUCAGGAGAUCACCUCUAACCCCUCCUCCAAUCCUCCCCUUGGCAGGACGCGUUCCACUCCUGCAUGCUAUAUCUUUCAUGGACUUUUCAACUGGCGUUGAUAAGCACGUCUGCAGUGUGCUCCAGUGAGUAACACACAUCCAUUGGUCCAGAAAACGAUUAAAACAAAAGUUGUUACUUGGGGAGAAACUGCAACCUUCCUCGCUGCACUUUGUUCAAAGUCCCAAUGUACUACACAUCAAACAGCUGUGAUCAGUAGCAUCCAGGCUGUUGCUUAACCUUUACACUUCUUUUUGUUGCCGCAACUCAGUCGCCCAGCUGUUUUAUGCAUUGAAAUAAAGAUUUUAUUAGUGUUUUAAACCACCACAAGUGGCUAGCUAUCUAGGUCAGAAAGGCACAUACCCACCUAUUUACUGUUCUUUUACCAUUUUUCCAAUAAGUCACUUUUGCUAAAACCAUCAAAAUUAAACCAAAAUGAAGGAAUUAUCCUGUUUUAGCCUAGCAGUAAAACUGAAUGCUUCAUAUUUAGCUGCAGGACACGAGAUGUAUCAACAUCCUCCUCCCAUUCUCUGUAAUGAAACUAAUUUGCUUAUUUCAGGAAGUGAACUAUUUCUUAUAUUUUUAGUUUUGCUCAAAAAUGUAAUUUUGUAUUUUAAGUUUGUAUUUUGAUCACGGUAUGUUAUUUAAUGCCAUAAUUAACCUGAAGGAAAGAUGUAAGCUACACCUCAUCAGCAAUAACUUUUAGUUAGACACUCAAAGGUCAUGUCGUAUAUUGAGAGGUUUGUUUCUCAAGUGAAUUUGGAAUUUGGCUCCAACGGCUCGUAAAAAUAACUUUUUAUAACUAAUAUUCCACACAAGAGCUAUCAUUAUGAAUGCAUACAUGUUUAAAUGAGUACCCUCAUCUACACAAGCUUUGGCAUCAAACGUUCUGAGAACCACGUGGUAUUUAGAUUUUAUAGUGAAUUACUCGUAUAUCGAGUUAGUUUGUUGUGAUAUGUUGAGUUUCUCUUAUUGGAUCACUGUGUCCUCUUAGCUCUAUGCAUGCACAGUCUGCUGCAUGACCAUAGGUACCGUUUGCCAUAAGCAUCGUGACGGUUUCUCUGAAUGCUAAAGGGCAACAGAAAUGAGUUUAUUCUACACAACUGAGCUCUGCGUGACAAUGACUGGUGCUCGUGUGUAGUCUUGACACUCAGGACCCUUUAGUGAAUGUCUUUUGAAAGUGGGAACAGUGAACAGCCGUCAUCUUUAGGCAGAAAUGAUAUGAGAUUUCUCUUAUUUUAAAGCGUGCUGUCCCUAAAUAGCCUACUUUCUCACUGUGUUUGUGUGUAUUUUUAAUUCAAUAGUGUUGUUUCAAAGAAUAAAGCUAUCCUGGAAACUAU